AUGGAAAUGACAGAGAUGCCUGAAAGGCCACAACACUUUAAAGAUGGGCUUAUCGACUUUACAGCAGGUUCUUUAGCUGGGGCUGCCUGUGUGUAUGUAGGACAACCCUUAGAUACUGUUAAGGUAAAAAUGCAGACAUUCCCCGAUUUGUACAAAAAUAUGAUAUCAUGUUUUACACAAACUUUAAAAACUGAUGGUGUUUACAAGGGAUUAUAUGCAGGCACAGUACCAGCUUUAGCAACUAAUAUAGCGGAAAAUUCUGUUUUAUUUUUAUGCUAUGGUUUUUGCCAAAAAAUAAUGCAAAAUUUGACAGGGACAGCAAAAAUUGAAGACUUAUCUACAGUUUCCAAUGCUACAGCAGGGUUUUUGGCAUCUUUUUUUAGCUCUAUAGCGAUUUGUCCAACGGAAUUGGUAAAAUGCAAGUUGCAGGCGAUGCGCGAAAUAUCCAAACAAGACAAAUUAGCGGGCGUAGACACGAAAAUGAUGGGACCUUUACAUCUCACCAGUUACAUAUUAAAGACCGACGGACCUCAGGGACUUUUCAAGGGGCUAGUGCCAACCUUGGUACGCGAAAUGCCCGGGUAUUUUUUCUUUUUCGGCGGCUACGAAGGCACCAGAGAGUUACUAAGACAGCCUGGUAAAUCUAAAGACGAAAUAGGUUUAUUACGGACAAUGAUAGCUGGAUCAGUUGGUGGUAUUGUAUUUUGGUCUCUUACAUACCCUAUAGACAUGGCUAAAAGUCGAAUUCAAGUGGGUAAAUCUCAGGAAAACUUGGUGGGCACAAUAAUGUCCAUAUUGAGGAACGAAGGUGUUGUUUCUCUAUAUCAUGGACUUACGCCCUCUUUGCUCAGAACUAUACCCGCCACCGCGGCUCUUUUUGCCACCUAUGAAUAUUCGAAAAAGUGGCUCAAUGGAUUAUCAAAGGAUCUGUGA